AUGAUUGAUUCAAAUAAAGGCGGGAAGGGUGCGUCACUCGAGCUGCUGCCGCGCCCGCGUACCAUCUUCCGCGACCAAGAUGUCGGUCUCCUAAGUCGCGGGGACGGGCACUACAUCGUCGCCGCGUUGCACGCCACAGGUACGUGUGGCGUGUACGAGCUCCAACGCUUCGACUCCGCGAGCAAGACGUGGAGUGCCGCUGAGGUGCCGUUGGUGGAACCGCAGGACAAGUUCCCCCGCAGGAUCCCCAUGAACUCGAGUCGGAUUCUCUUCCAUCUCACGUCCAUCGUCAUCCCAAUCGGUGGCGAAGGUGGCACCAUGGGCUGGGUCGAUCUCUGGCGCGGCGCCCUUCUCUGUGAUGUGCUCGUCCCGGAGCCCAAGCUCCGUGGCGUGCCGGUGCCCUUGCCAACGGAGCUUUUGAACAGCGACUAUGGGCAGGGAGCCAAACUAUUCUGCCCACAAUCACUCCGUGGCAUUACCUUUGUCAAUAAACCUGGCAUGGAGCACUGCCUCAGAUUUGUUCACUUGGAACCAACUCCAACUCCAAUUCCUCCUGAAGAUAGUGAUGAUAGUGAUGAUGGAGAGUUUCCUGACUGGGCGUUGCGUGACUGGAAGGUCACCACAUGGAGCAACAGCAAGAUGACCACCUCUUGGAAUGACUGGAAAAUUGACUGCGCCAUCCAAGCAUCCAAGACAAAUAUCAGCAGCAAGCUCAAAUGGAAGAUGGCCCAAUCUGGAUUGCUAUCAUCGGAGCGAGCCUUUCAGAAUCUCUUGGUGUCCUUCCCAGCUCCUGGCAUGGAUGAUAAUGUUGUUUACUUGCAGGCCAAGGUCAAAUUCUCAGACUCCAAGGUGUUUGUUCUUGCUCUUGAUGUGAAAGAUAACAUGCUGCUAAACGUAGUUGAGUUUGCGAAUGAAAGGAUUUGUGGUGCUGGUGUCGCGUAUUUCCCUAGUAACAUCGGCCGGUAUAUUGAUCCAGAAGCUAGGGUUCUCUUCCCUGAAGAUGAUGAUAGCUGGGAAGUGUCAAAGUAUGAAGGCACUGAAACUCGACAAUUGCCUCGUUAUAAAAUCUGUUUCCCAUGGGGGAAGAGCGUGAAUGAUGCUGGAACUGCUUCCUAA